ACGGUGUGCAGAAUAACGCCGCAAACCGUUCCAACAGGAGGUAUAUCUGUAUUUAACCCCUACUCAGGCUUCUAUUUACUACUUAUCUGCUCUGUGAAUUCCGCGAAUCCCGCAAUUGAUCUCUGUCGGUUAUUUGGAAACAUAAACGGAUAAUGUUUUGCAACAACAGUGAAUCUUUUUUUUUAUUGAAACUAAAACAGUGAAAUAGUCAGGCGCUCCGCAAAGGUGAUCAGAAGAAUUUGGGUGGCUGUGAGAAAAACGUGUGGUCUUGAUCGUAUGCAUUGAGGUGGUUCUUCGAUUGGUUGUAUAUUUCUGAAAGUGCUUGUUCAAACAGUGAAACCAAAAUGAAUUAUGAGUGAUAAAAGCAUCCGGAGAUAACUCAGCGAAUAAAACUUUCAUCGAAUGAAAAGAUGAAAGUCUGGUGUUGAACAGUGUGCUUCAUGAUUUAUGAGUGCAAAACGAAAAACGCAAAAGAAAAUACUGCGCUUUGCAAACCAAAAUCAGUGCCGGAAAUUUGGAAAGUACAAUCAAAAUAUACGUAGCAAGAGAGAAGUGAGAUUUGAAAACAAAAAAACAACAAUAUUAUCACCAUUUUGAACAUUCCAAGAACGGAUUUCUUGGGCCAAGGAUUCAUCCACGCAUCCAACGCACCUGUCUUAAAACGGUUCACUCGGAAGACAAACAGCAUGAGACAGAAAAUCGAUAAUGAAUCAUUUCUAUGUUGAACCAACCAUUUGAAACAACUAACCAUCUCAUACGCACACACUCAAAAAGAUCGCUCGUAAUAACCACGUCAUAUCACAGCUCGCACGAGACCAAUCAGCGCCGAUGCUCUGUCUGAUCUGUAGAAGCGAAGGGUGAGUGGCACUUGCGAACUAUUCUCCCGGAUGUUCAGACCAGGACUAGAGCGUGCUCGUUGGAACCGCACGACAUAGCAGUAUCAACAACAGCAGUUACACUGUACUUGUUGAGGGGAUACUCUGAGGACCAAACAGCACCAAACGACCUAACGUCGACUUCGUCGGAAAGAUCUUCCUGAAACCGAAGCGCAGCGCCUUUACCAGCGGUGUUCGGAAGGAAAAGUGUGUGUGUGUGCGGCAGUAGUUCUGCGUAGAUACAGACGAACUCCGCCAGAUUCCGGGCUCCGUCCAUCGCAUCCAAUAUAGCGGAAUUUUGCGUGAGUUGAUCGAGUGACGUUUCGCCAGCGGCCCCCAGGUGUGGUGAAUGGAGGUUCAAUAAAAUGGGCCAGGAGAAAUCUCUGCCCUCCAGAUGUACUUCCGCACAUGACUAUCUCCAUCGUCAUCGCCACCACCACCAUCACCACCAUCAUCACCACACAUCAUCGUCGGCUUCUUCAACAGGCUCCAAAGCUUCGACGGCUCCCUCACGCUCUCCCUCUACCGCUUCCACAACUUCCUCUGCGUCCUCAAAUUCGGCGACGUCUUCGUACAAGAGUGUCGAACGUCAGACCAAAUAUCUGAACGAGCACUUGUACAUCAAAUCCUAUCUGGACAUAGAGGAAGAGGACCGAAACGCACAGCAACAGUUUCAGAGAGUGCGACCUGGCGGCAUACGCAAUUACACACCGAAAAUCCUUUCGGAGAAUAACAAACAAGAGCUGGAUGUAUGGAUAUAGCAGCCACAGGCUUAAACUAGCGCACACUGAAAUCAUCACAUGAAGAAGAGCUGCUCGAAAAACUAAAUCGUGCUUAAAAUUUCGUUUACAUCGCUUUGUAAAUACUCUAUUAACGCUGAACCAGUAAUUUUUCUUUUGGAAUUAUAUCCAUAGUAUUAGAAUUCUCUCGUGCAAUGGCUCUUGGACUCGCUUCUGUAGCGGCAGUAGCUGGAGGAAUCACGCACGCCCCGAUUGCGCUGUUAACUCUCAUACCACUCAUAGCGGUGGGAGUUAAUUACUAUAAAUACCAAAGUGUGGACCCCGAGUCGAUGCCCAUUGACCAAGAAACAAUAAGACCAUUUUAUGACUUCAUCGUCAUUGGAGCUGGAUCUGCGGGCGCCGUCAUGGCUUCCCGACUUUCGGAGAUAUCGGAUUGGUCCGUCCUGUUGCUAGAAGCUGGAGGCGAUGAAACGGAGGUUACCGAUGUCCCGUCGCUUGCGGGUUAUCUCCAACUAACCGAAUUCGACUGGAAGUACCAAACAACACCCUCGGGCGAUCGGCGGUAUUGCCAAGCAAUGAUAGGUGAUCGAUGUAACUGGCCCAGGGGGAAGGUUAUGGGAGGAUCAAGUGUGCUAAAUGCAAUGGUAUACGUUAGGGGCAAUCGGAGGGACUACGAUAGCUGGUUAGAGCAGGGAAACAUAGGAUGGGGCUUCGAAAGUGUCUUACCAUAUUUCAUCAAAUCUGAGGACAAUAGAAACCCUUACAUGGCUCGAUCGCCCUACCAUGGGGUGGGUGGAUUUUUAACCGUCCAGGAAGCACCCUGGAGGACCCCUCUUUCGGUAGCCUUUGUUAAGGCUGGCCAGGAAAUGGGAUAUGAAAACAGAGAUAUAAACGGUGAGGAGCAAACAGGCUUCAUGCUACUUCAGGCUACAAUGAGGCGCGGUAGUCGCUGUAGCACUUCCAAGGCAUUCAUACGCCCGGUGCGUUUGAGGAAGAAUCUGGACGUAGCAAUGCACGCUCAUGUGACACGAAUUCUCUUCGAUAAAAAUAACAGAGCGUACGGAGUCGAAUUUUCGAGGCGCGGCAGAAGACAACUUGUUUUUGCCAAAAAAGAAAUUAUCCUUUCGGCAGGCGCACUCAAUUCACCACAAAUCCUGAUGUUAAGUGGUGUUGGACCGGCGGACCAUCUUGCUGACUUUGGAAUCCCCGUUAUAUCGGAUCUUCCCGUUGGAGAUAAUAUGCAAGACCACGUAGGCUUGGGAGGACUGACAUUCCUCAUCAACGAACCGGUAACUGUGAAAACAUCACGCUUUACGACCCUACCGGUGGCAUUCGAUUAUAUCUUCAACGAAAGAGGACCUAUGACAUUCCCAGGCAUUGAAGGGGUUGCGUUUGUAAACACCAAAUACGCCGAUCCAUCCGGGAAAUGGCCCGACAUCCAGUUCCAUUUCGGGCCAAGUUCAAUCAAUUCAGAUGGUGGACAGAACAUCCGGAAAAUCCUCAAUCUACGAGACGGAUUUUACAACACCGUAUACAAACCUAUACAGAAUGCCGAAACGUGGACGAUUCUUCCUCUUUUAUUACGACCAAAAAGUACCGGCUGGGUGCGACUGCGAUCGAGAAAUCCAUUCGUGCAGCCCUCGUUGGAACCGAAUUAUUUCGAACAUCCGGAGGAUGUAGCGGUUCUGGUGGAAGGUAUAAAAAUCGCAAUCAACGUAUCCUACACUCCAGCCUUCCAGCGGUUUGGAUCCCGACCGCACAAAAUACCACUGCCCGGUUGUCGACAUCUGCCGUUCAUGUCCGACGAAUAUUGGGCCUGUUGUAUAAAACAGUUCACCUUCACCAUCUACCAUCCCACGGGAACGGCCAAGAUGGGACCGAGUUGGGAUCCCGGAGCCGUAGUGGACCCACGGUUGCGAGUGUACGGUGUGUCCGGACUGAGGGUGGUAGAUGCCAGCAUAAUGCCCACCAUUAUCAGUGGGAAUCCCAACGCGCCCGUGAUUAUGAUUGCCGAAAAAGCUUCCGAUAUGAUUAAACAGGACUGGGGUCGUUGGUAGAUUCGAUGGCUGCAGUAAAUUCACAUGUGCCUAUGAUUCAUUUGCAAAAAAAUAACUACAUUUACAUACACCUCACGACAGGAUUCGAAAUGUGAUAUACGAGUGCAACGAGUGACUUGACGACACCAGUAAUUGUAGUAAGGAGCGAACCCAGAGUACUCAAGUGAGAAUGCCGAGAGAACGUAGUUUGAAAACAUUUCUACUAGUCAGCACUAACGAAUUAGGAUAUCAAAGUGUUACUGAAUAUUGAUUAUUUUGAAACGUUUAUAGAUCUUAUACAUUUUCACAUCGACAAAGAUUUUUGUUUUAAAAAAUGUUGUAAUUUGACUUCGAGAGCCACGUGUGUGUUGUAUGAUAGAAAGACAAUCUACAGUUUAGCAGUAGGUUCUGUAGUGUAUAUUCAAGUAAAUUUGAGUAACUAAAAUCAGGGGAGCUACUCCCGAGCAUACAAUAAUAAAUG